AUGGGAUCAGACGGCUGUCUCCAAGCUUCCUACGCUCCUCUAUUCUUCCAUCCUAACCUCAAAGGAUCCCAGGUCAUUAUGGAGGAAUCUUGCCGUAGAGUAAGUAGAAGAGCCUCGUUCCAUGAUGGUAUUGUCUUCUCCAGACGGCCCAUAGAACUUUAUGAGAAAGUGAGGGUGAAAAUCAUAGAAGAAGACCGGAAGUGGCAGGGUGGACGACGAGUGGGCUUCACCUGGAAAGAUCCCUGUCUUCAGUGUGGUGAAUUGCCUCCAUUUGUGUGCCCAGACUUGGUCAGUCAAGGGAAGACUUGUGCAUGUGUUGUUCCAGAUGAAUAUAUAGCAGAAGAUACCACUGUCAGCUUCUGGGUGGACAACCAGGGCUGCGUUUGUUGCAGCACCAAGCUUGAGGCAGAAGGGUCCUUCCUCUUCAAUGGUGUCUCGGUUGAAUCUCCCCUUUGGACUGUUGUGGACGUCUGUGGAAGAACUAAAACAAUCCAACCUCUCGGGAAGCAACCGCAGGCUCUACAAUUGGCUUUGGAUGACUUUUUAGAUCAGAGGAGGACUAGGGAAUACGUGUUGUUCCGAAGUGAUUCUACAAUAACGACAUACAAUCUGCAAGGCUUGUUAGGUUUAAGCGUGGGUAUGGGGAUCUCCCUUAUACGUGCAAGAAGAGACAACGUGGACCACGCCCCUGUACUUCCUCUCCAUUUCUUCCAUGGUGAAACCAAAGGAUCCGUGGCCAUUGCAGCAAAGCUGGUGGCGAAGCUGUAG